AUGACCCGCCGUACGCCCAGCGCGCACUCGUCGCACGCCAACCUCCAUAGCGCCAUGCUCGCCCACCGCCUACACGAGCCCACCCCAGCCUUGCCCACCAGCCGUCCCGAGGUCGUCGAGGCCUCCAAGCCCGAGGCUUUCACCAAGCCCUUCACCGACUUUCUCGAGGAGAACCCGACCAUCUUCCACGUCGUCGAGUACAGCAAGCGCAAGCUCGAGGCCAAGGGGUACAAGGAGCUGCCCCCGCGCGCUGCGUGGAAGCUCGAGGCUGGGGGCAAGUACUACACCACCCGCAACGGCAGCGCCGUCAUCGCCUUUGCCGUCGGCAAGGCGUACAAGCCGGGCCAUGGCGUCGCCAUGAUCGCCGGCCACAUUGACGCCCUCACCGCCAAGCUCAAGCCCGUCAGCAAGAAGCCCAACAAGGCGGGCUACCUGCAGCUCGGCGUCGCGCCCUACGCCGGUGGCCUCAACGCCACCUGGUGGGAUCGUGACCUGUCCAUCGGUGGGCGUGUAGUCGUGCGCGACAUCGAGACGGGCAAGACGAGCACCAAGCUCGUCAAGCUCGGCUGGCCGAUUGCCAAGAUUCCCACGCUGGCGCCUCACUUUGGCGUCGGCAUGAUGGGCACCAACAACGCCGAGACGCAGGCCGUGCCCAUCAUCGGCCUCGAGGGCCCCAACGACGCCGUGGAGGCCUUCGGCGGUGACGAUUCCUUUGUGCGGUCGCAGCCACCGCGCCUCGUCAAGCUCAUCGCCAAGGAGCUCGGCGUCCAGGACUACGACUCCAUCCUCAACUGGGAGCUCGAGCUCUUUGACUCGCAGCCCGCCCAGACCCUCGGCCUCGACAAGGAGUUCAUCACCGCCGGCCGCAUCGACGACAAGCUCUGCUCGUGGUCGGCCCUCACCGCCCUCCUCCACGCCGAGGAGAAGGAGGAUGACAGCUACAUCAAGCUCGUCGCCCUCUUUGACGACGAGGAGAUUGGCUCGCUCCUGCGCCAGGGCGCCAAGGGCAACUUCCUCCCCUCCACCAUUGAGCGCAUCGUCGAGUCGCUCAGCUCAUCCGCCUACGGACCCAGCCUGCUCGGCCAGACGUACGCACGCUCGUUCCUUUGCUCCUCCGACGUCUCCCACGCCGGCAACCCCAACUUCCUGGCCAACUACCUCGACGACCACAUCCCCCAGCUCAACGUGGGCAUGGUCAUCUCGGCCGAUUCCAACGGUCACAUGACCACCGACGCCGUCUCGACGGCCAUUAUGCGGCGCGUGGCUGAGCUCGAGGGGCUCCGGACGCAGACCUUCCAGAUCAGGAACGACUCUAGGAGUGGCGGUACUGUGGGUCCCAUGCUGUCGAGUGCCAUGGGCGUGCGGUCGGCCGACGUCGGCUCGCCACAGCUGAGCAUGCACUCCGUAAGGGCGACGACAGGUGCGCUCGACCCCGGUCUGGGUGCCCUGUUCUUCAAGAGUUUCCUGGAUCACUGGGAGCAGAUUGAUGGUGAGUGGGCGUAG